CCCUUCAAUCCCCGUUUCGUUUCGUUUCUCUGAUUCUGAUUCUUCUCUAUAAAAUAUAUUUUUCUCUUUACCAAACCCAACCCUCUAACUCACUUUGCCUCUAUUGCUAUUUCUAUUUGCUGGAUGAGUUAUUCCUAAGCUUACCCUCCCCAACAGGGAACAAUAAUAAUAUCAUGGUUCAAAGAUGCUACCGGCGUAUGCUCCCAGAGCUAUUCUAAAGUCUCAUUUAUAUCAAGAUUCAGCUUCUGUCCGUCAAACAUAUACCAAUAAUGUUAAUUUCGUGAAUUGUAAUCCUUCUUUUCCUAAACCUUUUGGUAGUCCUUGUAGUAACUUAUUUCAUAGUUCCUCCUUCUCUGCCUCUGGGAUAUAUGAUAAGCACCAUCUAUUCCAUCAUGUUGCAACACAUAAAUGGCUGCAGUGUGGGUCACGUGAUUCCAUUUCAUCAGAGGAUGAGUAUCGUUCUUCACGUAACAUAGCCAUCAGCUUGUUUAGGCGAUACAGGAAUUUCAUUGAUCGUGGUGGCGCUGACAAUCUAAAAGAGUUCAUCACUGCUGGGGUAAAUGCAUAUGCACUUGGAUGCACUGAUGAAGGAUUGAGGAAAGAACUUGCUGAUAUGAAGGACUCUGGUUUUGAAAUUGAAGCAAUGAAAAGUUAUGGUGGAAGCACAAGCUUGAAAUCUAACAUAAUCUCAGAGGAGGUUGACGAGUGCAUUCUCUGGUUAAGCAUUAUAUUCAUCACCAUCUUGUGUACACCCCAACCAACUAUUGUUAGAUGGUCAUCUACACCUCCGGUGUCAGAUGAAGUGAGACUUCAGUGGAAAGGCUUUUGUGCUCUGAUAGCAAAUGCAUAUUAUAUGAAGGGAAUGGCUUGGCUUCCUGUGAAGACUCUUCAACUAGAGCAAACGGCUGUGAUGGGUCAAGCUGAGAAACCGUCAGUUGUUGCUAGCCGGAUGCGUUUAAUCUUUAGCACACUCGAGGUAGUGAGUCCACAGUGGCCGAGAGUAUAGAGCGUGAGAUCAAGUUAAAUCCGUUUCCCAACAACUCCUCCCCACGUUCAGUUGAAUUCCAUAUUUGCUAACGAGGAUGGCAACACCGUGCCAUUUAGGAGAUUAAAAAGGAAAGCAAAGAAAAAACUAAAUAGCAUGGAGUCUUCUUAUGUUAAAUACGUUGACAUGGAUUUAUAUUUUGUACAUUUUAUUAGGCGUCACAUUAUAUAUAACGUCCUUAUUUAUUCGCUUGCCUCAUGUAUAACAUAAAAUUGGAGGAAAAUUAA